ACCACCUGGAAGAAUAAACACCAAACCAAAAGUUGAACAAACGGGCCAAACUAUCAUAUUGAUGAGCAGGAAUAAAAAUCAACAAGAAGGAAAAUAUAGCAUUUGACGUCUCCUUAACAGAAAAAUGGGUAUUUGCGUAUCAUCAAGAGCAAAGAACCAAGUGUCACCUGUAGGAGCUUCAAAUUUGAUACUGAACAUGCCACCUGAGGAAAUGUUCUGCAGAGGAGUCACAGUGAGAAUUCAAUGUACUGGAAUCCCUGUAACAUCUCAAGAUGUGAAGUGGUUUAAAGAUGGAGUCCCGAUCCCAACAAAUUCAUCAGAGAAGUCAGUUUUGUGUUUGGAAGAGCUUAAGCUGAGCGAUGGUGGAAAAUACAGAUGUGAAAUUACACAAUCAUCUGGAGCUAAAAUCUCAUCAAAUGAAGUGGACAUCUCAAUUAAAGAUAAGCAAGUCAUUAAGCUGUCAGUGGAGAAGAAUUUGCUUUUUGAGGGAGCGAAAUCGGAAAUAAGAUGCGAAUCAACUCUCUCAGAGGCAACAAAGAUUUGUUGGCAGAAAGAUGCUACAGAAAUACUAAUCAAAGGGAAGUACUCCAACGGAACAUGUAAAAAUCCUUCUUUGACAAUAUCCGACCUUCAGAAAAGUGACAGCGGAACCUACAAGUGUAAGAUUAUCAACACUUUUGGAUUUGCAGAGGAUUCGAUUUACCUAGAUGUGAAAGAACAAGAAGCUCCAUCAGUCGAGGAAAUUAUCAAACUUGUUCAAAACGGCACAAAGUCCACCUUUAGUACUUCUGCAAUAGUAAGUAACCUACCAGAGAUCAUCGAUGGAAUUACGACGUUCAAGAAUUCUCAACGAAUAUGUGUUUUGUCGAUCACAAAUAACAGCCGGCGAAAAUUGUCAAAUCCCAAACUUCAUGUCGAAGAUGGCAGAAAAACCCUUUCAGUUGAAAGUAUUGACGAUGGCAAAGUGGGACUUUUCAUCUUUACCACGGAGGGAACACUAUGGCAUAUCAGAACAGAUGGUGUCUUAACUUUCGAUGUUGAGGGAACAGAUAAACAAAUAGCAAUUCUGUGGAGUGUCCCUUUCUCGUUGUGGAACAAAAAUCAAUUCGCCAUCAGGAUACGGCCUCAAGGUAGCAUUCCUCCUGCAAAUAGUUAUUUAUAUAAAUACAUGCUUCAGAACGCACCUUAUACUGGUACCGAAAUCGUGAAGGAAACAGAUGGUUACAAAAUUACCGCGACUAUGAGCAAGGACAGCAAGGCACAUCUCUGUCUCAACCUCGAAAUAACUGAUUAAUCUAUGACGUGAUGGAAAUGAAAUCCAUAUGAUCUACUCGAACAUUAAUAGGCAAUAUUUAUUUUCAGGAUAUAUCUUUACUUCAACAUAAAAGAUAAUUCAAUGUAAGCGACUUCAAUAUAAGUUAAGUAGCCUGCACAUGGACACCAUGUUCAGAACUGUCAUAGUUGUCAUUAUCACCGACAUUAUCAUUAUUCGAUAUUAGGAAAAUUUUCAACAAAGUCGUUUACGUAAUAUUUGGAUUUAUUGCCUGGGGACACUUUUACAUAUACGAACAGUGUAAUUCAUAGACUACCUAUUAUAGUGAAUACAAAUAGUGUGUGACCUUGUUAUUAAUAUAAAAGUGUUCUAAUAUGAAAUUUUUGAUAAUACCCCUGUUCUGAAACUGAGAAAAGGGUUUGAACAUAUUUCACCUACAAUAUAUUCUUGACAGGGUGCAUGGACUCACAUUCCCGGUCGAAGUUUAUAUUCUCCCGAGCCGUUGGGUGAAGGUGAAUAUGUAUUUUGACAGGGAGUAUCAGUUCAUAUACCCUGUUAAGAAUCCAUAUAACGAAUAUCUCCAACUGCAGAGCGAUCACUGUAGAAAUCGGAUUGGCACAAUCAAGAGAUUGAGAGAGGGGGGGUUUAAAUAAUUUCUUAGACAAAUUUUAUUUAUAGAUUUGUUAACUAUUUUAACAAACAACUUUUAAACAAAAACAGUUGUAUUUUUUUAAUUUCAACAUUCCAUUUUAUGUGAGAAAGCGAUCAAUAUAUAUAGGGCUUUAACAUAAUCAGUGACUCAGCACCUGUGACGUCAUACACUGUAAACUUGUUGAUCACCAUCGUUUUGAUUCAUAUGAUUAAGCAUUAUUUGGUAAACAUCGUAUUUACGUCACGAGCGGGGCUAUUCUUAUUAUUUGAAGGAAAUAAAUGCAAUUUUACAAUGCAAUUUCUGAAAAUGCUAAAUACAAAUCUAAAAGAUGGAUUUGAUUUCUUUAAAAUAAUGUUUUAUUUUGCGAAGCGGUUAAGUAUAUAGGUAUACUCAAACCAUUUUGUAUCCCAUAUAUUCUUGGCAGGGUACAUGACCUCAUAUUCCUGACUUGUCGUCCAAUGAAAUGCCUAGAUUUUUCUCUGCAGUAAAAUAAUAUAGAAUAUACCCGGUAUGAAGAUGUUUAACUAAUAAUAUAACAUAUCAAACUCUUUGGUCCUUCUUCUGUUAAGAUAAAAAAAAAAUAUUAUGUCCACCGCCAAGUUUCUAAGGAUCAAACAUUGAAUCGGCAUUGCUCCACGCCACUAAAAAGCUUCCAUGUAUGACCAGAUUAUAUUCCUAUGAUUGUUGAAGAAGAAUUUCAAAGAUAUUUUCCUAUACUCUGAGUAUUUAACAUAUUGUUUGAGUAUAUUUUUUGUAUUAUGUGGGAAACGACCCCACCCCCCACCCCUUUAUGGUGUUACGAUUUUUCCAUGGUGUGUUAUGAGUUAGCAACUCAGCAGAAUUCAGUCUCAAACACAAUUAAAAAAAAUAACACCAUUUAUUAACAAUUAUUGAAAGAUAAUAUCAAUAACAAAACAACUAGUUUACGAUAAGUAUAUAAUGAUAGUGUUCCGUUACGGGUUUGAAUGCCUGGCUGAAUUCACACACACAACUGUCACAAAUCAGCAGUCAAAAGUAAUUCCUGAAGUCUCCCAAAUAUAUUUUAAAAUGCUUUUCAUCACUAGUUCUUAAAGUGACUACCAGAGUUUAACAUCAUAGAAUUCACUGUGUAUUUAUACUAAAAAUGAAGUGUCCGGAACAUUCAUGAAAGACACAGUUAUGUAAUCUUUACAGAAAAACUAGUGUUGUGUCAUAUUUAUACUGCAGUGUCAAACCUCCAACGCCGAGAACAAUUUAGGUCACAUGUGUUUUAAAAUACGUUAUGUUAAUAUGUAAUACAUUUAUAUUACACAGCAGUGUGAUGUGUUUCCUUAUGUUGUGUGAAAAUUUUUUCAAUAAUUGUGACGAUUUUUCCUAUAUUGUGUGACGAUUUUUCCUAUAUUCUGUGAUAAUUUAUGUCUCUCCUCUUUCGGGAGGAGACAUUGUUUUUGUACUUUCUGUUCGUCUGUCCGUCCGUCUGUCUGUCACAAAAUCUUGUGAAUGCUUCUCCUCUACGGCUUAUUCGAUAGACUUGAAACUUUGUACAAUACUUCAUUCGCUUUGUGGGACGGAUGAUCCAAUCAUUUUCCUAAUAGUUAUAGUGGGUCUAAGAGGGGUGGCAGAAGUAAAAUAGCGAGUGAAGACUUCUCCUAUAUGGCUUUUCGGAUGGAUUUGAAACUUUGUACAAUGCUUCAUUGCCAUUUGUAGAUGUGCUUAUUGAUGGGACGGGAGGAUCCAAUUAUUUUCCUAAAAGUUUUCGUGGAUCUAAGAGGGGUGGAGAAUGUAAAAUAGCUUGUGAAGACUUCUCCUAUAUGGCUUAUCGAUAAACUUUAAAUUGUGUACAAUACUUCAAUGCCAUUUGCAGAUUUGCAUAUUGUAGGGACAGGAGGAUCCAAUGUUAUCCUUAAAGUUUUCGUGGAUCUGAGGGGUGGAGGGUAUAAAAUAGUUUGUGAAUACUUUUCCUAUGUGGCUUAUCGGAGUUCAUUAUAUUUAUCUUCCUGCUCAUGCUUUCUCCUCCAUACCAUGCAGUAUAUUAAGGCUAUGUUUCAUUUGCACCACUUCCAAUUUGGGGAACUGGGGAGACAUUUGUUUCUCCAACAACAAAAAAUCUGCAGUUUUCCUAUAUUGUAUGACGAUUUUUCUUAUAUUGUGUGAUUUUUACUAUCUUGUGUGAAAACAAUUCCUAUAUUAAUUGCGUGAAGACAAUUCCUAUAGAAAAUAUUUCCUAUAAUGUGUGACGAUUUUUCCUGUAAUCAGUGAAAAUGUUUCCUAUAUUGAAUGACGAUUUUUUUCUAUAUUUUGUGACGAUUUUUCCUAUACUGUGUGAAAAUAAAUCCUAUAUUGUGUGACGAUUUUUCCUCUAUUGUGUUGUCAAACUCUGGGAAGGGGAUACGGAUCAUCAGAAGCUACACUUAUUUUCACAUCAGAAAAUAACACAUUUCGUCAAACAGCAAAAAGCACAUACCAACUAGUUAACAUAACAUUUCGAAUAGCAUAACAUUUUAACAGUUUAAAAAUAAAA